CUGCUUGACUCUUUAAACGACACACACACACACAGACAUUUCUUCACAUUAUGCCUCCUAAGAGAAAGACAAGAGCCGCAGCUGCAUCUACAAAGAAACGGCGCACUUCCAAAUCAGAGGAAUCAAUUGACAACACAAAAGUCGAAUCACAACUGGAAGAGCAAUCACAACAACAAACGGAAUCUUCACCACCAUCACCACCACAACAACAAGAACACCCGGCCAAAGCACUUGAGGAGACAGAAAUAAUUGCAGAUUCAUCAGCAGAAUCAGCACCAGUAACAGAAAAUGUACAAAAAGAGCAAUCAUCCGGAAUGUCACUUGCCGAUCGUAUGCAAAAAUUAAAAGAGCUCAAGCGACGACGAGCAACAGAAGUUGCACAAGGCAAUAGCCGUGAUCGCAAUCUUGAGUUUCAACGCAGUAAAGAAAAUCCCAGACUUGAAGCGAGAAAUGAAAGAAAGCGAUUGCAGGCUUUGGAAUUACAAGAAAAGCAGAAAGCACGAGAUAGCGGCGAGGAUUAUGAACGCAAACAGUACUGGAAAUACUCUGCCGAAUCCGUGGAGGCAUGGGAGGAGAAAAUGCAGCGAAAAGCUGAAAUGGCCAACAACGGUUUCACAGAUCACGCACAGGCUGCACACAAAAAGUAUCUCAAGCUGAUUUCAGAGCUCAAGCCGGAUAUGGCACAAUAUCACGAAAAGAAGUUGGAGGCAAUUGAACGAGCUAUUCGCAACGGUGAGGAUCCAUCGGACAUCGGUGCCGUGGCCAACAACUUGGAUUAUGGAGCACUCGAUGAUAAGCCAUCCAAAGAAGCUGUGGAUCGACUUGUUCAAGAUACAAAGAAACAAAUUAUCCGACGUGAAACACGCUCUCGUGAGCGCAAGGAAGUCGCCGACGAUAUUUCCUGGAUUAACGAAAAGAACCGUGUGUUCAACCAAAAGAUUGCACGAUUCUAUGACAAGUAUACCAAGGAAAUCCGCGAGAAUCUGGAACGAGGCACUGCGUUGUAGUAGGAGCAGAAGCACCAGUACUAGUCGUAUUGUUUGUAGUGAUAAAAAAUGGAUAUUCAUUGUCUUCGCUCUUUAUUACAUCUUCAAUACAUAUAUUAAAGGCGAAUGUUUGAAAAUACAAACAAAUG